AUGGCCUCCUUCAAUACUCCUUACCCCUCCGCUACGCCGGCACUAUUCGAUCAUACUAGAUCCGCCUCAUUGACCAACCAUGACACAAACCAUUCCGCAGGCUAUCUACAAUCUCAGACACAAACUCGCUCGCCUUCCCUGACAAGUUCCUGUCGGGUGAGCAAAGCCAUGAAGGGAAAGCGUGUACAUGCAUGCGAACACCCGGGAUGCCCUAAGGUAUUCACCAGAGCCGAACACCGAAGACGACAUGAGCUCAGUCACGAGCCGAAGAAACAACAUACCUGCUCAUACGAAGGAUGUGGAAAGGCAUUCCACCGCGCGGAUUACUUGCACCAACACAUCGCCCGGCACGCACCUCCAAAAUCCAAAGCCAAGAAACCACUUACACGAAUCGAAAAAUCCUCGCCUCGGUCGGCUCAACCGCAACAAGAGCCACCACUAGCGCCGCAGUCCACUUCUCCACUUCCGGCUCCCCUGAUCCAAGAAAAAGGCGAUUACACAGGUGCAUGGGGAAGCAUCGACUCUUCAAAUUCGUGUUCGCAAUGUUCCGAGGGCCUGAGUCAUUCUCCAGCAUCCGUCGAUGAAUACCCGUCUCCGUACUCCUACACAGGCGAGACAUGCAGCUCACCCCUUCCGAGCGACUCAUUCACGAACCCCCACUACCCUUCGUCGGACAUACCUGUUGAGAUGAUGACUGCGAUCGAUCAAUAUCUGCGCACUAUUCUUAAGCCGGAGGCAUUCUCAGUGCCCGAGCAGCAGAUGAAUCCCACCAUUUGGAACCCGGAUCUUGAGAUAGAUCCAAUUUUAAUGAAAAUGGAAACCCAGGAACAGAUACCAAUGUACUCUUGGCCCACAGCAGACAGCAUUCAAUAUGAAGGGCAUACGACUCAGAUGAACCAGCCUCAACCUCACUCUCACUGA